GAUGGAUCCCGUCCAAGUUAACCCUGCCAUAUAAACCUCCGCGGCAGCACAACACAGCAGCAGCAGACAGAGCAGCGGCCUAAGCCUGAGGCGAGCUAAGAGUUCACGGAGGAAGCGAGCUAACAAGGGUUAGCAAAGUGAUUACCUCCGCCUCCGAGAAAUCUAUCACCUCCUCGGAGUCAAUCGACAUGGACGCCAUGGAGAGAGGCGAGCACGCGCCGCUCCUGCCUGAGAGUCAUGGCCCAAAGGUUCAAGACGAUGACAGCCUGAAGGUGCCACUUCUUCUCGUCCCUAAGAAGCGGGGCGGCAGCAAGGCGCCGGCAGUAAUUCUAUUGUUCGAGUGCCUGGAGAGCACGGCGUUCAAUGGCAUCUCCACCAACCUGGUGGUGUACCUGGAGACCGUCCUCCACAGCACCAACCUCGCCAGCGCCUCCAACGUCGCCACCUGGUUCGGCACCAGCUACCUCACCCCCGUCUUCGGCGCCAUCAUCGCCGACUCCUUCUGGGGCAACUACAACACCAUCCUCGUCUCCCUCGCAGUCUACCUUCUCGGCAUGAUGCUCGUCACCUUCUCCGCGUUCGUGCCCACCACCACGGGCACGUGGGGGCUGAGCUCGCAGAGCGUGGCUUUCGUGGGGCUGUACCUCGUGGCGAUCGGGUGCGGCGGGGUGCGCUCGUCGCUGCUGCCGUUCGGAGCGGAGCAGUUCGACGACGACAGCGCGGCGGACCGGGAGGGCAAGGCGUCCUUCUUCAGCUGGUUCUACCUCUGCGUGAGCUUCGGCCCCAUCAUCUCCGGUGUGUUCCUCGUCUGGAUCCAGCAGAACAUCAGCUGGGGCCUCGGCUUCGGCAUCGCCACGGCCUGCAUCGCGCUCGCCUUCGCCGCCUUCGUGCUCGCCACGCCCAUGUACAAGCGCCGCAUGCCCGCAGGCACGCCGCUCAAGAGCCUCUGCCAGGUCGUCACCGCCGCGUGCAAGAAAAUCAGCAUCAAGGUGCCCGCCGAAGCCGGACACCUCUACGAGGUCAGCGACAAGAUCGAUUCGCCCCAGCCAAGGAUCGCGCACACCAGCGACUUCAAGUUCCUCGACAAGGCGGCCAUCGUCACGGAGUCGGACAUGGAGGAGAGGCCGGAGGCGGCGACCUCGUGGAAGCUCUGCACCGUGACUCAGGUGGAGGAGCUCAAGAUCCUUCUGCGGCUGCUGCCCGUCUGGAUCACCAGCGUCAUCGUGUCAUCGGCCUACUCGCAGAUGAACACCACGUUCGUGCAGCAGGGCAGUGCCAUGGAAAUGACCAUCCUGUCGGUGCCGGUGCCCGCGGCGUCGCUGGUCUCGUUCGAGGUGACAUGCGUCCUGACAUGGGUGCUCCUCUACAACAAGGUGAUCGUGCCAGCGUUGAGGAGCUUCUCCUCGAGCGGCGACGGCGAGCCGUCACAGCUGCAGCGGAUGGGCGCGGGGAGGCUCCUAAUGGCGCUCACCAUGGCGGUGGCGGCGCUCGUGGAAAUGAAGCGGCUCGACAGCGCGGCGCGCGGGGAGGAGAUCAGCAUCGCGUGGCAGCUGCCGCAGUACUUCUUCCUGGCCGGCGGAGAGGUGUUCUGCUACAUCGCGCAGCUGGAGUUCUUCUUCGGCGAGGCGCCGGACACCAUGAAAAGCAUGUGCACGUCGCUCGCUCUGCUCACCAUCGCGCUGGGGAGCUACAUGAGCUCCUUCAUCUACGCCAUCGUGGAGGCCUUCACGGCGACGGGAGACAGCCCCGGGUGGAUCUCCGACGACCUCAACAAGGGCCACCUCGACUACUUCUUCUGGGCCAUGGCUGCAAUGUGCACGCUCAACUUCGUCGUGUACAGCGGCAUCGUCAAGAACUACAGGCUCAAGACAGUCAUCUCGUGAUUGCUCGCGCAAGGAUUCAAGAUUCCAUUACAUUCUACAGACAUUACACAGGAAAGAGUAAUUAGGAGUAGCCAGGUACCUUUUUUUUAGAAACUUGUAGCCAGGUACAUAUAUACACAAGAAACACUAGGAAGAAAAUGUAAGAUAUAGAAUUUUGUUUUCAGUCUUGCUAAGUCUCAGUCGUCUAAGACUUCGUUAAGUCUCAGUCAAUGCUGUAUGAUGUGGGAAUUAGACGUUGUAUUCCUCAGGUGCAAACGCACGUAUAUAUGAUGUACA